UCUGCCUGACUUCAUAAUGAAAGGAACUUGUGGACACAUUUUUAAACAUUACUGCAAAUACAUUUAUUAAAGCUUUGUAGCAUGUAGCAAAGAGCAGAAACACAACUACAUUGGUGUCACAGAACAUAGUCUCCAUUGCACAUUUUGAGCUUAAAUUUUUGAUUUAAGUCUGAGUUGGUGACUAACAGAUCAGUAGUGCAUAUGUCAUGAUAUUUUAGUGAUUUAUUUCUUAAUCUUAGACACAAAAUGUUUCACAGACAGAAAAAAAUACAUUAAUGACUGUGAAAUACGUUUGAAGACGAAUAUAAGUUGCAGUUGAACAACAUACAGAAUUCACACUACAAAAGCAUCGCGGUUGAAGUUCUCUAAAAUAAUGCCGUUACUGAAACGAGGUCGACUGUUCCUGUUAUUUAAGCUCACUGUUGUACUGGGAUCAGUGUGGAUGCUUUCUCUACUCAAUGAACUGAGAACAGACUGGAGUCUUACCUACAACUGGUGGGAGUAUACAGAUGUGGAUGACGGUCCAGAGAAAGAGUGCAACUGUGCUGCAAUCCUACGGGGAGAGACAAAGGCAGUGGAAAAGGCCAAAUUACUGGUCCUCACUAAAGACUUCCACAAGAGUGUUGACAUCCCUGAUGAGUAUUACAUCAAUGCAACCAAAGACUGCAGGAACUUUAAGUUAAGCAGGAAAUACUUGACAUUCCCGUUAAGCAAAGAAGAGGAGGACUUUCCUCUGGCUUACUCUAUGGUGGUCCAUCACAAGGUGCAGAAUUUUGAGAGACUACUGAGAGCUAUUUAUGCACCUCAAAAUAUUUAUUGUGUCCAUGUGGACAAGAAAUCAGAGACCUCAGUCUUUGCUGCCAUCAUGGCCAUCACCUCCUGUUUUCCGAACGUCUUCAUGGUCACACGGCCUGUCAGUGUGGUCUAUGGUGGCUGGACACGAGUCCAGGCUGACCUUAACUGUAUGGCUGAUCUUUAUAAUGCCAGCACAGAAUGGAAAUACUUCAUCAACGUUUGUGGCCAGGAUUUCCCUUUGAAAACCAAUUUGGAGAUGGUACGGAUGUUGCAUUCAUUGAAGGGUCAGAACAUCAUGGAGUCAGAAAAAAUGCCAGCUGGAAAGAUAUGGAGGGUCACAUAUGUUCACCAGGUUGUUAAUGGCCAAGUUAAGAGGACAGAAAAGCUAAAGGAGCCACCUCCCUUCAACCUGCCCAUUUUGUCAGGAAGUGCCUACAUUGUGGUCUGUCGAGGUUACAUCCGCAGUGUGUUGGAAGAUGAUCGAAUACAGAUGCUGAUAGAGUGGGGGAAAGACACCUACAGUCCUGAUGAGUUUCUCUGGGCAACCAUUCAACGAAUGCCUGGUGUUCCUGGCUCAACAAGGCCCCAUACUAAAUACGAUAUGUCAGAUAUGAAUGCAAUUGCUCGACUGGUGAAGUGGCAGUGGCUUGAGGGUCCACAGGAGUCCCUGAAUGCAGUGUAUUCAGAAUGUAAUGGUCACCAUGUGAGGGGAGUAUGUGUGUAUGGUGUUGGAGACCUGCAAUGGAUCAUUUCUCAGCCUCACCUCUUUGCUAACAAGUUUAGCGCCAACAAAGACUCCAUUGCCAUCUACUGCUUGGAGAAAUAUCUGAGACAAAAGGCACUGGCUGAGUUACGUUAGGUGGAGAUUUCCGUGGCAACUCAGAAUCAGUCAGAGAAGGGAGUGGUUGACUUGUGACAAUGUUUAAGUGGGUGGUACAUGCCAAAGUAGCAGGAAUCAAUGUUUCCCAACAGAAAAUUGCAGUGUAACAAGAAAAUCAAUUCACUCUCUAGUGGACAGACAUCAUAUUUUAUUUGUAUAAAGACUGCAAUCAUCAACCAUGUACACAAUUUUUUAGGGAUAUCCUCUCAGUUAUUAAGUUGGAGAAUACUAGAUAUGCUGCAUGUUUCCAAGGUUACACUGACAUGGCAAUCUUUCUUUAGAUGCGUUGAUGUUUUAGGUUCUGAUAGUGUGAUAACCAGUGUGGAUUUUGUCUUUGGUAUAUAUGUAUUUAUGUGUAAUAACAGUUUUGGAACAAGAACAACAAAAAGGAUCAUUGAUAUGUUAGUGCCUGAGAUAAAAGGGUGCAUUGUUCUGGCCUCCUGACACCUUCCUGCUGAUUUUGUUUGUUACGUAAUUCUUAUAUUCAUCUUUCUUUGCAUAGUUUAUGAUGUAUAUCCUGUGAAUGUCAUGUAUGGGUGGAGGGAGGGGGAUAUUUAUUAGUCCAACUGUAUUUAUACACUGAAUUGUCAAAUUGCAUUGACACAAGUUCAGAAACAAACCUAAUCCAAAGUUAUGAAAGCUAGUUACCCUACAAAAUAUUUGAUUUGUCUGUGACUACAGAUAAUUAGAAUAGAUAUAUUUUAUUUAUGCAUAUUUGCAGUUCAAUGAAACAAACUACAGUCAUGAAAAUCCAAAGAUGUUGCUGUUAGUCUAGCAGUCUGUUUAAUAAUUUCAUCCAUCUACUCAAAAAUUCAAAUGAAAACACAAAUGCUAGUUUGAUUUCUGGCCAUGCAAUUGCAAAAUACAUGGAAAACAAUGUAAUUUGUAAAGGAACAAU